GAGCUAUUUAAAAUUUUUGAAAAAAGUUUGUCACUUGGCCGGUUCUCUUAUUCGUGUUUAGGGUUUAGGUUAGGUCUUCCCUUGGAAGGGUUCUUCUCAACCCCAGUCCUACCUCAUUCUCUCAACAACGGUCCUGCAUCCCAUAUUAACGACAAUCUUGCAUUUCAUCUUUGCUUUAGGAAGACAUCAGUUUAUUAUAAAAAAUGUUCCAUCUAUGCGGAGUUACGGUUUCUCUAGGUCAUCUCAGUUAGCCCCUCCUUUCUCGAGCUCUCCCUCCUUUUGCGCUUUCCCGUCUAAAAGUAUCUUUGCUUCAUUUCACUUACCAUAUGCUUGAUUGAAGUUAGAAACUCACUGGAUGUUAAUUCGAAGGAAAUGAAGCUUAGAUGAGAAUGUCCGUUUUUAUUCACUAUGCAGUGGGUUCAUGAAGUUUUGAAAAUCCCCAAUUUUCAAACCUAGGGUUCUGAUCCCCCUAAUGGAUUAUUGGACACAACAAGUUAUGGAUGUAUUGAUAUCUCUUCUAAAUCAGCUUAGUUGAUAGUGUAUGUUUACUGAAGUAGUGAUUUUUUCAGAACUUAGUGUACCUUUGGCAAGUAUUUCUAUUAUAUGAUACUUAAAUAUUGAUACGACCUCUGUUACCUAUUAUAUUGUUCUCAAAAGAAAAUUAGUACAUAAUGUCAUAUUAUGCAAGUGUUUCAAGACUUGCCACACAACAGAGGUUAAUGGAGAAGGAGAAGAACAAAAGUCCUUCAUAUGUUAUGUGUGGCUGGUUUGCUUUCACGACAGGUAAUAGAAUCAGAAGUCUGUGCCCGAGAGCCUUUUGGAAACAAAUUUACAACCAACCAUCAAUGACUUCUAUCUUUGUUGGGUGUUUCACUGUUGCUUCUUCUUUUGGUUCUUACGUAACAAAAGCUUCAUGGUGCAAAACUGAGAAAAUCCAGAAUAAAUAUCAUAUCAUGAGGCAUCAUCAGAAUCAUUAUAGAGGCAUUGAGAUUGGAUCCACAUUUCACCAACGUGCAAGGAGUUAUGUUGUGAACACCGACUCUGGUUCACCUCCGUUGUUGUGGGCUCUUUCCAUCCAUUUUUUGGUGGGGACUGCAUAUUCAAUUGAUGAUAUACCUGACAAUGAAGGAGAUGACAAAUUUGGUAUUCAAUCUUUGUCAGUACAUUUGGGUCAGAAGAGGGUAUUCUUGAUUUGUGUUUCACUUUUUGAAAUGAUUUAUAGAGUUGCCAUUCUUGUGGGUGCAACUUCUUCCUACCACUGGUGCAAAAUGAUCACGACGAUGGCUGAACCUUGUGAUGUGAGUAUUUGGUUGAUGAGGCUUUAAAGAGAAAGAGUGGAGACAAUUUGUUUGCAGUUGUGAUUUCCUUCCAGCAGCAACCUCCUCGCAACUUAGUGGCCCCUCGCUCUAGAGUGUACCGGAGCUUCUCUGCUUAUGGUUUGAAGGAAUUACAGAGUUUCCUUGAUAACUUGGGUAGCUGCACCGAACAUGGCAUGGACCUUUUGGGUUCUCCUCCUCCGUGCUUAGUCUCUUUUUGGGUUCUCCUUCCUCUCUGUUUGUUAAGAUUGCAAGGGAGGUGUUGGAUGCAACUGCCAGGAUUAUUGAACGAGGCAACUAUUGUUACAGGCUAUAAGCAUGGAGACUCACCCUACAAGAAAGCCAAGAGAAAUGUUAAUCUCGUCCUACAAGAAAGCUAAGAGAAAUGAUACUGACAAUUGCAAGAAACUCCAUGUGGGUAGCCAAAACCUUCGGACGUCGCUUUGAAGCUGAGGAUGACGAAGGCACCAUAGAGAACUGCAAAAUAAGCAAGUGCAGCGAGUGCACCAACCCCCCUGUUAUCCAAACUAAAGAGGCCCUAAGGGCAGCAACAAGCUUCACCCUAGUCAUUGAUGCAACGAGUGAAGCCUGUCCAUAUCUUAUGCCAUCUUUGGUUGCUUUCAACUUUUCCAAUCACUCCCUCAGUAUCCCACUGCAUACAAUUUCCCUCAGAGUGCAUUAAGAUGGAAACAAUUUCUUUUGUUAUUCACGAUUGUGAUUCUCGAUGGUUACGAAAUGAAAAUUUUGGGGUUUAGGGUUUCUAA